ACAACCACUGAAAGAAUAGAGAAAUUCCAAGCGCUUUCGUGAUUACUCGCAUUAGCAAGGAACAAUAAAAGUAAUGCAUCAGAGGAAGGCAUAUAAAGGGUCUAGCCCACACCUCACUAUCACUAACACCUGACGCGUGACUCAUAAGAAAGAGAACACUGCAGUAGGCCCACUGGCCCAACUAGACAGGUCCUUCACACAACCCACAAACUAUUCUACCCAAGAAUUAAGAACUUUAAAAUUUAUUAUUUGUCCAAUGUAUUAAAUUAUUCCCAAAUUCUAUUAAUUAUAAAUAGAUCUAAGUUAUAUAAACCAAAGGAAAUAUUCAUAUUAUUGUCAAAACUGCUUUUUAUGAAGUGAAGAAGUGUCUUGUGUGCUCCUGUGAAGAAGUGUCUUGUGUGCUCCCGUGGACUGAACUAAGAUGCCCUCCAUCGAGCAACUUUACCAGCAGCUUAAGGAAGAAUUGAGGGUAGCGAAGACGAAGAUACGGCAAUUGACUGAGGAAAACAAGAGGAUUCGUAGUAGUCCUCCUGUUUCAAGUCCUCAGGUCAAGAAGGGAUCGUGGUCAGUGGUUGGACAGCAGGGGACGAAGUUGAUGAUCAAGAAGACGAAUGAAAAGCCAGAAACGAUGAAAAAGAAAGAGACUGCUGUGGAAACUCUUGUGGAAACCUCCAACGCAUUAUCGGUGCUACCCGACGAAUGUGAGUCGACUACUUGGAUCGUCACGACAAACGACAACAAGGAAGUGGCGCUCGCGGUGACAGUAAAUCAAGGUAAGACGUCAUGUUUUAUUUGUACGUAUUAAUAGCUAUCUUCAGUAUAGUGAUAUCAUUGUAACACAACGA